AUGGUUAAGGUCAAUGUUUCAAACGCAAGCUCCCAAUCGUCUCAGGAUAAUAGCUGCGUCGGAGAUGCGAAGGCGGAUCAGUGCAAGGAACCGGAUGGCGGCGAACGAACAGAGGAGAAGUCCACACUCAAUGGUAGCCCCCGCCAUAACAGUGUAAAGUCUUUAUCUGUAGAAGCAUCCUCGUUAAAUGAUGACUUGCUGAGCGUUGUGAGCUCCUCCAAGCUACGGUACGGCGCUGCUGCCACGGUCGGGCGAAGCACGUCGGUCACUAGGCCGAGCUUUGAGAGCUUCUCGCUACGGCCGAGCCUGGACCCAUCGUCAGUUUUUAUAGCUGGUGCGCGCAAUAAUAUUUCAACCAUGCUGGAUAUCGAAACGGCGUCGCCGACUGGAAGCGGCGUUAACUACUCGCCGCUGGGCCAGAAUUCGAUCUUCGAAAUAGUAAUGAAUACACGACGGAAGGGAUGGCUAAGGGCGCCAACUGUUCAGGACAUUCCGCCUGUUCCUUUAAGCAAAGACAUGCCAGAGGGCGACUGGAAAACUAGACUCGGCAGUUAUGUGAGUCGAAUCUCUGAUGGAUACACUACAUUUCAGAAUACCAAUACGCUGGCAAGCAUGAAUCGAUCUCACCAGCUUAAGAAGUUAGAGCGUUACGAUAGGACGGAGUCAGCAGUAAGCGCCGACGAGGAGGAUACUGAAGAAGAUGCAUUUUCAUCUAGCAAAAUGUUAGAAGACAUUCCAUCAGUAUACUUCAACGAGGACUUCCAGCUAGACAAUCCUCGUGUAUUUCAUAAAGUCGUCGAAGAUAUAAACCUGCAGCUGGACUCAUUAACAAUUGCAUCGCAGUCGCAACGCGCAGCUGCAUACAAAGAUCUUCAGGAACGGCUGAAUUUUUACCUGGAUACUAUAGAGAAUAUACUAAUUGUGGACAUCUCCAAGUCCUCGCACAAGUUUCUGGAUGCCUUGGAAGAUGUGGGGACUAUUAAAGACGAGGCACAGAGCGUCUUGACAAAACUAGAUCAAUUAAAGACCGAAUUGGAAACAGAAGAUAGGGAGAGACUCCAAAAACGUCUUCGUCUAUCACAAAAGCUAACUCGGAUCAGGAAUAUUGAGCGCUUAGAACAAGGGCUACUCCAGUUACAUGUAGUCCUCAAGCAGAUUGAAGAGUGCAGGCGCCUAUACGACGCGGGAGAGUAUACACCCUGCUUGAAACACAUUACAUCUGUGGAGUUGUUAAUAUCGGGUAAUAUAGGCAAUGACGAACUUGCUCAGGAAUGGACACAUGGUUGGCCAUACAGCCUGCAGGAUCUAAGCCGAAUACCUUCACUGGCUCCGAAGCGUGAAUAUUUAUCGAACGUACGAAUUGAAAUUGGCGGGAAAUUAUCGCUCGCCCUGGUAGAUCUUCUUCUUUCUGACCUUCGUGCGUAUGCGACCAACCAAACUGUCAAGGGAACGCUUAACAGGUUACAAUCUCAGACCAAAGGAGGGCGGACAUACUGGGAUAUAGAGUUGGCCUUUCGUGAAAAAGUCACUGACAUCAUUCAGAGGUUAAUCAAAUGUGAGGAGCUUACAAGCGCCUUCCAGCUGUACCAGGAUAAAUUCAUAGUAGAACUGAAGAGUAUCAUAAAAAAACACCUCCCUAAGGACCAGCCCUCCUCCGAAAAUAGCUUGAAUGAUGGAGAUAGCGUUGCUGAACCAACCAGGCCACCCACACCCUCAAAUACUGGUACUGCAAGCACUGGUUCUAAACUUUCGCGAUUGAUCCGUGAACAAACACCUGCUGAAUUUCAAGAAAUGCUCACUAAUAUAAUUACUGAAGAAAGUAAUGCCCUCCGGCGCCUCUCACGUCACCAAAAGCUCCUGCUCGACGUGUCCCUCACGGAGCUCGCAUCCGACAGCAGCCAAUACGAUAUGAUAAUGCUGCUUGACAUCAGACGUUCCAUAAACGAAGGGAUCCGCAUAAUACAAUUGCGGUUGGGAAAGGUGAUAGCGGUACGCCGUGAUUUUACCAGCCAGCUGCCUCCCAGACAAUUUAUCCGUUUCUACAUGGUUUGCGCGUUGUUUAUCCAAGAAUGCGAAUCGCUGUCUGGCGACCUGCUCACGAAGUACUUGGCGGAUGUACUUAUGAUGCAGGUUCGCAACUAUAUUUCCACCUUCGCUAUGAGCAAUAUGGAACAACUGCAGCAUAGCAUAGAUUCUGACCGAUGGAUACCAUACAUUGUAGAUACGACAGACCAGAGCGAUGUGAACGACAUUGUUUCAUGCACCGACAUUGACCCACUCAACUGGGUGCACGCCCGUGAUCUCGCAAUUGAGAGUUCUCCUGCUGCAUCACCCUCGCCACCAGUUUCUCAAAGCUCGUCGCUCACCUCACCCUCCGCUCCGUCUCCCUCAUUCACAUCGACUACUGGUCACAAGCGGUCUGUCGUCGUUGGGGACAAGACCUUCGUGGCCAGCGAAUCCCUCAUCAUAUGUCUGCGCAUGCUUUCUGCACUUCUACUUCUCUCGUUGAACCUGCCCUCUAAUCACCUCAGUUUAUUAGAAAAGGCGGUCCUGGAUCUAUUGCGCUGUUUCAACAUACGCGCCAUGUCUUCUGCCGCUUCGACAAACGACAAGAAGCCCUCAAGCGCAACCAAAAACCUCAGUAUCAUGGGCGAAUCACUGGAUUGUCUUUCAGAAAUGAUUGGGCUUGUACAGGGAUUCUACCAGCGGUUGGAGGCGCUCCACAAGGACUUCCAAGCGCUACCCCCACACACCUAUGCAGUCCUCGCACAGCAGUUCCGUCGCUCAUCCGACAAACUGUAUCAGGCACAUGCCCCACCACCUCCGCCAAUCUAG